AUGGCCGAUACAGUCUCCUCUCUCGACGGCCUCGUCGAGCUCCGCUCCCUCGCAAACCUCAUAACAGACUCCAUCGACCAAGUCGAAGCCGCCAUGCUAAAGCACAACACAACCUUCCCGUCAACCCGCGGUCCCACCACGCUUGCCGCGCAGGCCCCUCGCCGUCUUCCCGAAGUCGUCGCCGCGAGCUCUAUCGGAUGCGCUGCGGCAAACCAGCUCGUGGCCGCGCUCGGCGGACCGAUGAACCUCCUUGCGUACUCGGCUAUGGCUGUUGGUAUUCCGGCUGCGCUGGCUACUGUGACUAGGGGGAAUGUUGCGGAGGCGAUAAGGGAGAAUGAUGGGGAGGGAGGAGGGGCGGAUGUGAGGGUUGUUGCGAAAGAGUGCGGUAUAGAUGCGGACAAGCUUGCGAGAGUUCUCCGCGUUCUGUGCGCACACCAUAUCUUCGUGGAAGUUGCACCCGACGUGUUCGCGCACAAUGCGGCGAGCACUCUCCUCGACACUGGGAAGCGCGUCACAGACAUCCGCGCCAGCCCGGAGACAAAGCACGACAACACAAUCGGUCUUGCAGCCGCGAUGGAGCACCUAGUAUCCGAACCCAUGACCGCGCACGGCUACCUCGCCGACGUCCUCCUCUCGCCCUCACCCAACGCGAACGAAACCGCCUUCAACCGUGCCUUCAACACCCCACUCAGCCCAUGGGACUGGUACGAGCUCCCUGAGAACAAGCUCCAGCUGAUACGCUGCACCAAGGCCAUGCAGGCGGGAAAGCUCAUUAUAGCGCCGGACGCUGUGCUGCAGGGAUACGACUGGGCUGGGCUUGAGGAGGGCGCUGUUGUCGUUGAUGUUGGGGGCGGUGUGGGGACGCAGGGGAAGAAGAUUGUUCAGGCGAAUCCGCAUCUGAAGAUCGUCGUGCAAGAUCGCGCGCCUGUUCUUGAGGCGGCUAAGGAGUUCUGGUCAGAUAUGCCGGAUGCUGUAUCUUCCGGCCGCGUAGUACUCCAAGCCAACGACUUCUUCGCCGGUCAACCCCAAAAGAACGCACGCGUCUUCCUCCUGAGCGCCAUCUUGCACGACUGGGCGGAUGAGCAAGCCACCGACAUCCUUGUCCGGUUACGCGAGGCCGCCACUCCUCAGACCGAACUAGUCGUAGUCGACAGUCUAAUCCGUCAUCUCAGCCCGGACGAUGGUGUCGCUGACGUUCCCGGCGCUGCAAGGCCUUUACCGCCAUCGCCGCUGCUGCCGGCUUUGAGCCCCGUGCAGUAUUUGACAGAUAUCAGGAUGCUUGCCAACCUGGCUGGUAAGGAGAGGACCGUCGCACAGCUGCGCGCCCUCCUCGAAGGUGCUGGGUGGCGUCUCAUUCGCGUGCAUCAGGGACCCGCGCACGCGGUGGGCGUUCAGAAGGCCAUCGCCGUACCUGCUUAA